AGCAGCCAUGUGCAGAUGCAGCACGAGAACGGCCAAAAUGGAGCUAAAAAGAGAGGCCUCAGAGGAAACCAAACCUGCCAACAUCUCCAUCUUGGACUUUGAGCCCAUAGAACUGAUCAUGGCCUGUAAAAUGCUUCAAGUUGUCCUGUGUUCCACAUUGCUUAUAGGAGCACUGGGAGCGCCAUUUGUGUUGGAGGACCCAGCAAACCAGUUCCUACGUCUCAAAAGACAUGUAUACUUGCAAGAUUUCUGGGACCCAGAUCACAGUUCAAAUGAGUGGGGAAUCACACUGGCUGAUCAGGCUCGUGAAACCUGGACUUUCUUGAAAACAACUGCACAGCAUUACUUGAACUGAACCUUCACCUCUGACAUGUCUACAAUCCAGCAAAGGAGUAUUACUGGGAAAAACUGGAGAACAAAGAUGGCGGGCGUCUGCAUGACCAUGUGCCAAAACCAUCAAUUUUGGAGACCUGGGGACAAAUCUAUGCCAUUUACUAAAUUAUUUCUUAUCUCCAUCUCAUAGUGUUGCUGAAAGGAGGAUUGUGAAAACCCAUGUGGAGACCAGGAAUUAGAAGUUCUCAAUAAAUGGUUGCCUUUGAAAUAAGAAUUAAAAUGAAGGCUGUAGUAAAAACAUUUUCUGAAAAGUGGGCUUUUGUCCGGCCUGGUGGUGCAGCCCUGUAACCCCAGCAAC